AUGUGGGACAGUUCCGAACGGUUUGGGAAGCUGCGUGGGGGGAGGUUGGGGUGUCUCGAGGGUGUCAGACGGAAGCUCCUGUAUGGCGACCGCCUCAAGGAUGAGGGCUCUCGUCUGCAAGUCACGGCCGCCGGGGCCACGGCUGGCCUAGUUGCUCGCUUUGUCAUCGCCCCCCUCGACGUCGUCAAGAUCCGCCUCCAACUACAAACCCACUCCCUAUCCGACCCCCUCUCCCACCGCGACCUGCACGGCGGGCCCAUCUACAAGGGCACGCUCCCCACGCUCCGGCACAUCCUCCGCUCGGAAGGGAUCACGGGCCUCUGGAAGGGCAACGUGCCGGCGGAGCUCCUGUACGUGUGUUAUAGCGCGAUCCAGUUCACGACGUACCGCACCACGACGCUCCUGCUGCACCAGACCCUGGGCGAGGGCACGCUGCCGCCCUCGGCCGAGUCCUUCGUCGCCGGCGCCAUAGGCGGCGGCACCGCCACCGCGGCUACCUACCCGCUGGACCCUGCUGCGCACGCGCUUCGCCGCCCAGGGCAACGAUCGCGUGUAUGCGAGUCUGUGGCGCGCCGUGGCCCAGAUUGGGUCGUGAGGAGGGCGCCCGUGGGUUUUUUCGGGGUCUGGGACCGGGCUUGGGCCCAGAUUAUUCCGUAUAUGAGCUUUUUUUUUGCGACGUACGAGACCCUGCGCCCUCAUCUGAGCGAGCUGGAAUUGCCGUUCAGUAGUAGUAGUGCCGUGGCGAGGACGAUGGCGAGCGUGAUGGCCAAGUCGAGGACGUUUCCGCUUGAUCUGGUGAGGAAGAGGAUCCAGGUGCAGAGCCCCACGCGCGGCCGGUACGUGCAUAAGAAUAUUCCGGAGUAUUAUGGUGGGACGGUCGGCGCGCUGAGGACGAUCUUGCAGAGAGAGGGGCUUAGGGGGCUGUAUCGGGGGUUGACGGUUAGCUUGCUGAAGGCGGCACCGGCGAGCGCGGUGACCAUGUGGACUUAUGAACGGGCGUUGAAGUUUUAUAGCGGGGUUGGGGAGAAAGGGGAGGAACAGAGGCUGUAG